UCUCGCCCCUGGUUAGACGAAGAUAUAAUAGUGGCGACGAGGGUGGGACCCUGGUGAAUCCGCACGGCCGACAGACGCCAGGCACUUUUGGGAGCGGAAGACUUCAACAUGGCAGCGGCUGGCAAGUUCGAACCCUUCCUCGAGGACGGAGACGAGGAUUUCGAAUCGUACAUCGAGCGGUUCGAGCACUUCCUUCGGGCGACCCAGGUGAGCGACGACCUCAAGGUUUCGGUGUUGGUUACCGCUAUUGGGAAGAAAACCUAUCGCACGCUUAAAAAUCUACUAGCUCCCGCGAAGCCCGAGGAGAAAGAAUAUGCGCAACUAAUUCAAGCCCUCAAGAAGCAUUAUGCUCCGGAACCCAUGGUCAUAGCGGAACGCUUCAGAUUCAACCGCCGGUUUCAGCAGGACACAGAACCGGUGGCGGGCUUUGCUUUGGAAUUGAAGAGUUUGGCUGCCUCCUGCAAUUUCGGGGCACUUUUGGAUGAAGCUUUGCGGGACCGUUUCGUUGCCGGGCUGAAAGACGAGACAACGCAAGCAGAGCUUCUGAAGAGGGCCACACUGACGUUUGCAGAGGCGUGCGAACUAGCCCGAAGUAUUGAACUAGCCCGUUCCGAGACGAAGAAAUUCCAGCCGGAGGGGCAAGAACUGGGUGUCCACGCCGUACAACGACAAGCUCUGAGUUCAAGGUCGGGACAGCCGCGUGGAGACUACAUGGAACCCAGACCAGCGAAAGAAACAACCGGUUGGGCUUGCUACCGCUGCGGAGCCACCUCCCACACCGACGAAAGGUGCCCGUUCAGGAAAUACCGCUGCCGCGUCUGCAAACGAGUGGGCCACUUGGCAAGAGCGUGCCGAUCGUCCGCCAGCACAGCACACUAUGCGGAGGACAGUAGUGAGUACUAG